AUGCUUUCCACUAGACCAUUUUGCAUAGUGCUGUUACGAGAAACCAUGUCACGCCUCACCAUGAGGCGCUUUGUGCUGCAGAACAUCAUCGCUGUGGCAGCGCGCUGCCCCUCCACCACUGUCGCUUCGGCGGUGGUGGCAGUCAUGGCGGGCGACACGGAGCCUGCUUCAACCACUGCUGCCUCGUCCUCCUUCUCGGCAGUAAGUUGGCUGCAGCGCAUGCUCGUUAAGAAACACGCGAGUUCGACAUCGACAUCCUCUUCACACUUUGCGCUCGUCACGGCGGCAGAGAUGGAGUGGAUCCGGCGGCGCCGUCGAGAAGAUGCCGAGGAGAGCCGCAUCGUCCUCGCCACAUGUCCGAGUCGCUCCAUGCUGCGCGGCAUUGGCGGCGGCGUUCUCAACACGGUUGUUGGGUUUGUUGUCUCGCCGCUUGUCUUCCUUGCCAUUACCCUAGAGCGUAUGCGACUGGGCAGCAGCGUGAGUGCGCUGUGCACAGCACCGUGCUACGGUCUGGUGUGGGGAGGCCUCUUCCUCGCCUGCGCUCAGUACGCGGCGGUGCAGCAGGUGGCCCUCAGCUCCUACUACAGCUGCGUGGCGGCGCCCCUGUACUACUGCGUGAACCGGCGACCCAUGGCGGGUGUUGCCGCGUCGGCGUCGAUUUCUGCGCCACGCGCGCGCGCGUGGAUGUGGAACGGGCUCAGCUGCUGCUUCGAGGUACCACAAGGGAUGCCGAAUGCCCGCCAUCCGCUCCUACAGCUCUACGACGACCCGUCAGUGUUGCGCGAGCGUGCCAUGAAGCGUGCUUCCCGUCGCGACAGGGACAAGAUCAAGAGCAACGCCAAGUAUAGCGGCAAAGACAAGAUGAGCGGCGUAGGCGGCGUCGCCGAUGACGACUACUACGGCCUGCUUGGCGUGCCGACAGAUGCCACACAGCGGCAGAUCAAGGCGGCCUACAAUCAGAAGGUGCUUCACCUCCACCCAGACCGCAACCCGAGCCCAGAUGCUGGCCAGCAGUUUGACCGCGUUACGAAGGCCUACCGCGUCUUGUCAAACCAGCAGAAGCGGAGGAAGUUUGACCUCGGCGGCGCAAAGGGCGUCGACGACACCGGCUCUAAGAAGCGCGAGGCCGUCCGUGCCCUUUUCGGCGGCGAAGAGGUACGCCGCGUGGCUGGGGACGUGUUCAUCAGCGCCUUCUCGCAGCGCGUGAUUGACGGUCUCGACUACACCAGCGAAGAACUCGCGGUACUGCGCCAGCGCAUGUAUGAGCAGUGCAGGGAUGAGCUGCUGAAGAGUUACCUAGUGCACUACGACGCAGCAGCGACAACAUCAGAAACAGCGGCGGCCGGCAGGAAGGCGGCGGAUGCGACGAAGAGUAGCGGUAACUGCGGGGGCCCGUGGAAGGAUGGCGCGCUUGCCACUCAGCUGCGCAAGAUACUCAGCACCGGACUUGCAAAAGAGGUGCUGCACACAAUUGGCCAUGAGUACAAGCGAGCCAUUGCGUACCACGACAUGGAGAGGACGCGACUCAGCAGCAGCGGCGAGACUGGAGCGUCGAACAGAGGCGCGUCACCGUCGCUCCUCAGCGAUGUAGCUGCGGGCUGCUCGAAAAGCGUCUCUCUCCCGAACCUCAUGGCGGCUCGCGCACAAUUCUACUUAAAGACAGUCGGUCCGCACCGCUGGCAGGUGCAGCGGCAGAAGUUCAGGCAUCUUUCCGCGGUGCGUAGCCGUACCUUCAAGGACUCUGAGGCCAUGGUAGAUCUGGCGUGGUACACGUCUGUAGAAGAGCUGGAGGCGACAGCGAGCACCGUCGCUCUCGCGCUUCUAUACGACCCGAAGCUGCCGGCGGCCGAGGCCGCACGCCGGCGGGAUGCGUUGGAGGCGCUGGCAGACACCUUCAUUCUUUACGGCCAGCCGUACAAGGGUGCGAAUCAAGCAACCAUGAACCAACUAAUGAGCUCGAUGCGCGCGUAUCAGCAGCAGCAGCAGCGCGAGAAGGACACGCAGUAG